AUGGUGUCAGAGGACCUCCAGGGGCAGCCUGAGGAUAGAAACCAGCUCCGUCAGGCCUCCAAGACCCUUCGUCAGGACCGAAGACCCGCUGAAGACCGUCCACGAAAGUCUCGCAAGAAGCUCCAAGUUAUCAUUUGCAUCCUCCUCGUGGAGCUGUGCGAAAGGUUCACUUUCUUUGGGAUUGUUUGCAAUAUGAUCCUCUUCUGCACUAUAAAGCUGGGCUAUGACAAUUACCUGGCUGCCACAGUAAACUUGUGCUUCAUUGGGGCCAGCACUCUCACCCCUGUCUUGGUUGGGUGGUUUGCAGAAACUUGCUUAGGAAGAACCAAGGUGCUCUAUCUUUGUGCUUUCCUUCAUUUCUUUGGAACAGCCAUGCUUCCUGUGGUGGCAUUCCCAUUUGAGGAUUUUUACAUCAACACUCAUCAUAUGACCCAUCAACUGAAACCACGGGAGCAGCAGAUACUCUUCUACACCGGCCUUCUGGCUGCUGCACUAGGCAUUGGGGGCAUCCGGGCAAUCCUCUGUCCCAUUGGGGCCUACAGCUUGCAGGGCUACAAUCAGCACCAGCUUCUGUCCUUCUUCAACUGGUUCUACUGGCUAGUCAACCUGAACUCCACUGUCGUGUUUCUGGGCAUUGCUUACAUCCAGCAGUCUGUGGCUAAAAACCUGGGCUUCCUCAUACCCUUCACCUCUGUGCUGCUGGCUCUCAUCGCCAUACACAUGGUCCGCAACAAACUCACUUUCAAACCCAAGAAAGGUGGAUCCUUACUGACCACUCUGGGAGUUUUCCUCAACUCUAUCAAAAUGUGCUGCCUCCACUAUCGCCACUUGAGUGGGGACGUGGCCUCCUGGCUGGACCGGGCCAAGGAGAACAAUGGAGGGCGCUACAGUGAGACGCAUGUAGAGAACGUCAAAGUCCUAGCCAGGCUCUUCCCGCUUUAUAGCCUCCAGCUGGUGUACAGAGCCUGCGUCACACAGAUUCCCUCAGGUUACUACAUUCAGACAAUGAACUCUAAUCUUCACCUAAAGGACUUCCUCCUGCCCAUCGGUGCCAUGAACGUAAUCAGCAUCCUUCCUCUGCUUGUCCUGGCCCCACUAAUAGAGUGUGUGACUACUUGUUAUCUCUCCAUGGAGAAAACUCCUCUGCCACCUGCCAAAGUCAUCAUCCUAGGCCAUGCAUGUGCAGCCCUGUCGGUGUUGGUGGCAGGCCUGUUUGAGUUGCAUAGGAAGGCCUUCCCCCUGGUGGAGCAGACCCUGUCUGGGAAAGUUCUGCAGGUGUCAUCCAUGCCUUGUUUCCAGCUGGCUCCUCAGUACAUCCUACUUGGCCUGGCCGAGGCCUUAGUCACCCCAGCAUGUUCUCUCAUAUCUUUCCAACUGACACCCUGCCAUAUAAGAGGGAUCUCCCUGCACUUCCUCACGCUGUCCUAUGGAGGUGGCUGUUUCUUAGGAGCUGUCAUCAUCCAGUUGCUGUACUUUUUUUCUGGAGGUAACUUCUAUCCAAACAUACUUCAUGGUGGAAACCUGGAGAGAUUUUUCUUCUUUUUGGCCACACUGAUGGUCAUAAACACCCUGUUGUUUUGGAAGAUAUCUAACAGGUAUGUUGACCUCAGUGUCCAGGGUAGGGGGCUGACCACAAGCCCUCUGGCCGAAAAACUGCUUCGCUACAAGGCCUGUUUGAGAUUUUAUCACACUAUGGAUCACUCUUACACAAACGCGUCUAUUGAAUCUAUCCUGUGAUGGCAAACUGAC